AUGGCGAUUUCAGGGGUAAGCGGUCUGCCCAGCGUUUCCCAAACAUGAGUUAUAAACAAAGGAAACAGCUCCUUUCUGCAUCAUCGGAAGACUUUGCCGACGUGGUUCAAGUUGUUAUGUGAAGUUGGAGUCAAUCUAUGGCUUAAAGCUGAGUAUUUUUACCCAGGAAAUGAGGAGAAUCAAACGAGCUCUCUCACUUAAAGGAAAGGGAACAGAUGACACACUUUCCGAGCUCGCGGAGCAAAUGUCAUUUGACGUCAACGGCAAGGAUAAUGGAUUUGAUCAUCACAAUGGACCAGUAAAAGAUGACAUUAGAGGUGAAAGAGGAUUUGAGGCUGCUGAUGAAUUCCUUCAGGUACCCAUGAGGAAACCACGCUCAAAAUCAACUGUUUCAGCCCCAGGUGGCUCCAGCAAACGACUCUCCUUGCCAGUUCUUCAUUAUGGGAUGUCAGUGAAUGACAUUUCAAUGAGAAAAAGCCCAGCCCAUCGGACAAGGAGCUCAACAGAGUUUGGCUCCCACAAGAGUCCUCCUUACGGAAGUGAACAGCAUCUUAGUCGAAGGAGCAGGAGAAUGUCAUUGUCUGAACUUGGUUAUGGAAAAAUGGAAACUUAUAUCAAGUUGGACAAAUUGGGAGAGAGAUCUCAAGCCUCAAAAUCUUCUCAUAAACGAUAAAGGAGAACUAAAACUUGCAGACUUUAGCCUUGCAAGAGCGAAGUCAGUACCAACUAAAACAUACUCUAAUGAAGUUGUAACGUUGUGGUCCAGGGCGAAGGCGGCAGAGUAUGCUGUUUUAGUACCGAGUACAUCUUGUAUUCGCGCGGAGUCUGGUACUUGCAAUGAAUCUUGGGGGCUGGUUACCUCAGAAACUUACGAAGUUACGACUUCACACUUCUCGCAGAAAUGGAAGGUUUUAUCCAACUAGUUACGAUUUUAAUUAAUUUUAUAUGAAAAAAAA